AUGAGGAGUGACACCCUCUUCCAACAACACCCUCCAACUCCACCUACCGGUGUAGAAGGUCAAUCUGGGUUGCAGCAUCUUUCCCAAUAUAACGCUGGGCCUAGGUAUUCUUUCGACUCUGUAGGUUACAGUUCUCCAGGGGUGAGAGUGCACGAAGGGAUCCCUUCGUAUGCGUCACGUGCAGACAGCCACCAAGGAGAGGAAUUUGGGUUAGGAAUCCACUAUGAGGGUUAUGGUCCUGCGACAGAAUACUUCAAUAACGGGCAGUACAAUGGCAUCAGUCAUACUAUGUUUGCGCCGCUUACGCCAAGGUCUGCUACCGAAGAUGAUGCGGGCACAAGAAGAACGCGCAGUAGGCGCGCAACAGUACCUUUAAGAUCUCCCCAGAGAAAAGCUGCAAGCCCCCGACCUAAAGCGACGCCAAAAACCAGGAAAACAAAGGCAACAAAAAGUGACAAGGCAAAGACACCCAAGUUGACUGCGCCUCUCAGUAUCUUGACGAGAGAGUUGCACCAUAUUCCAGUCAAGGACAUGGAAGGAUGGGUGAACAGACCAGCCGAUGUCAGGCGAAGGGAAGUCGAGAAGCGAAACGGAUACAUUACGAGACCCAUGAAUUCUUUCAUGCUAUAUCGGUCGGCAUAUGCUGAGAGAGCCAAGUCAUGGUGUCUGCAGAACAAUCACCAGAUCGUAUCGUCGGUCGCUGGAGAGAGCUGGCCCUUGGAACCACAAGAAGUACGAGACAUGUUCAACAAUUUCGCAAAGACCGAAAGGUUGAACCACCACAGCGCACAUCCAACAUACAAAUUUUCGCCCAGCAAGGCAGCAGCCCCACCCCGGAAGCGGAAGAGUGAAUGGUCGGAUGACGAUGAGCCCAGCGAUCUUGACGAUGGGGAAUGGGCUCCCGGCAGUGGCAGGUCUCGUUUCAGACACGCAAGACGGUUUGACCAGUCGAUCAGUUACCCUACAAAUGGCGUAAACGUAGGGUUUUUUGAACAGUCGUUUGGGCCCAACAGUCAUGGCAUGAAUAGGUCGUCAUGGGACAUGACAAAUGAAGGAAGGCCAAUGCCCCUACCAAUACAGACCGAUGUGUACGGUCAAUACUUACAGACCUCUGCCUACCCAAGCCUCAACAUAAACCAGAACUUUUCGGAAGAUUCUCACAUGAGAAGAGUGAGCUCACUGGUCUCCCCUACACAGUUCUCAUCCAACCAAGGGCUGUUGGGUCUGCCAGGAGGCAAUGCCAAUGACUUGCUGCAACCAAUGGGUACGUCUUUCGAAGAAGGACAAAUGGACCCAAUACUCCUGACUUAUGACGUUGGAAACCUUGCCGACAUCAACUCGGGAGCAGUCCAACACCACGGCUGGCGAGCCGGCUAUGCGAACAUGUUCGACGAGAAGCUUGAGCAACGAAGCUUCGACAACUUGUUAGAUCUGACGCCAACUCGAAGCGAGUUCCCCUCUGGCUGCUGGCAGUCAGAUCCAGCCAUGGUGUCGCUGGAGCAAGAGUCGGAGUUUGACAAGUGGAUGGGUGAACGUUAG